AUGCAUUUUGUUACUACUCAUCUCUCCCUCCUACUUGCUGCAUCAGCUACCCUUAUCGCCGCUCAAGAUGCGACAACCACAUCGGCAAGCACAAGCGGCAACUCAAACUGCGCUUCCCAAAAAGUUGUAGAUCAUUGCGUCGGGAUCAUGAAGCGUGGACUCGCGAAGUGUGCCUCGAGUGAUUGGGACUGCAAGUGCUCGGGCGCUGCAAACAUUGCCAACUGUUACGUAGACUGCUCAGAUGAUGACCCGGAUUCGUCCGCGGCCAAACAACUCAGCGUAAAUAAUUGCGCUACCGCGAAUGCAUACGACGUAGGAGAGACCACCGUCGCACCCUCGUGGACUCUGCCCGGGUCGAAUGCCGCACAGCCAACCGACAUAGAUGCCAGUCUAACCACUAGUGACAGCUCGUCUACUACUGCCGGACCGACCAAAGCCUUGGUUGGGAACGAGAAGUCGACGAGUCCAUCAGAGGGAGCUGCAGUUGUGAACGAUGCCAGUAGCUGGAUGGCUCUUGUGGUCCUGGGGAUAGGGGCGACAUUUUGA